AUUUCACGAAUAUCCAUCACGCUUUGACGUCUACCGAGGUGAACAGCUGAUGAGCAAGAGGGAUUUUUGUGUUAGUCUGCAACGUUGGCAAUAAUGAAUCGGGUUUAAAUCUAAUAAAAUUUGUUUGUGGUAUUUUGUUUUUUGAACUUUUCUAACUAAAAGGACUAUUAGCAACUACAAAAUGUAACUGUGGCGUACAAAAAACAAACAAAAUACGACUCUGUCUGCCUGGCGUAGACAGGUCUGUCAGAAUUAUGUUUCCUGUACCGAUAUGGGGAAUUUUGAGAUAUUACUAGAUAAUCAGCUGUCAUUCAACGGUGAUACUCGUGAAAUAGGUUAUAGUGACCCUGACCGUAAAAUAUUUAGGUCUCCUACAAAAAAUGUAAUGAACUUACUUACAUAUUUCAAUCAAAAAUGACCUUGAAGGUAGUGGUCAGGUUCGUCGGCAAUCGUAUGCUCAAACGUGAAGCUGUCCGCGAUUUGUAUCUCAGUGAAUUAAAUUUUCAUUUGAUCUUCAAAUGACUUUGAUAUGGUUAUAGUCAAGCUCAUGGACAAUUACGUGAACAUAAAGUUUUCUGCUCUUUGCAGUUCCUGAGUUUCCAUUUAAGAAAACAUUAUCUACUUUCAAAAGUUCAUGUUCAAGGUCAUCACUUCUUGACCCUUCUCAAACCUUACAGCUCUGUUUUGCUUCAUUUUUCUGAAACGUAUUUUCGGGACAUUUUGUUCUUUCCACACUUUUAAAUCACCCCAAAUACCCGUGAAAGUCAUGGUCAAGGUCAUAGGCAAAGUCAUUCUUGAACGUAAAAUUUUUUCUUGAAAUGACACAAAUUGAAGCUACAAAAUUUCCCGCUGCUGGUCAUUUAUUCCGAAAAGGGGGAUGAAACUGAUUGUUUUCUCAAUAAACGUAAAAUAUUCCAUAUAAAAAUUCGGAUGUAACGAUUGACCAAUUAGUUUUUAAAAUUAGUGAGCGAAGUUUUAUUUUUCUUGUGAUAAGAAAUAGGCUUAUGGGCUACAAAUGACCCGUUCUUAUCGAUACAUGGCGAUAAUAAAGCCUUUACAACCUCGCAUGGGAAGAAAACUGACCCUGUUGGUAGCACUGGGUACAUGGCUGAUCGGUGUGCUGAUGGGCAUCCCAUAUCUUCUGUACUUCACGACAUACACGAUAGAAGAAGAGAACAACAGGAUACUCUGCUAUAUGGAAUGGCCAGACGGAAUAUCGAAUGAGUCUUAUCAAGAGUAUAUCUUCAACGUCGUGUUUUUGGUGGUGACUUACGUUGUUCCUAUCCUUUCUAUGAUGUUCACCUAUGCCAGGAUAGGUCUGGAACUGUGGGGAUCCCAGAGCAUUGGAGAAAUAACUCAGAGACAGAUGGACAACAUAAAAAGCAAACGAAGGCAUAUCAUUUCUGGUGUAAUCAUACUAAAUGGUUCCAUUACACAUUCUCGUAACUGCUGCUCAGUUUCAAAAGUAUGUUAUGCUGAUAAACUUGGUCUCUAAUAAGACCCCAAACAAAAAAAUGCAGAGGACUUAAAUCGGAGGAACGCGCUGGCCAGGUUACUCCACUGAAGUUCCAAUCCACCUUCCGGGAAAUCGCUGCGAAAAAUACUCCCGAACUUGCCCAGAGUUAUGUGCAGGAGCACCGGCUUGUUGGAACCAACAGCUAUUCACCUGUGCCAAAGGUAAAUUAUCCAGGCAGUCUUAUAGAUCAUGUUGCAACAAUUGAAGGUACGUUCUGCAGUUAAUGAGUUGUGGAUAAUAAAUGGACCUAAUAUUUUGGUCUCUAGAAUUCUACAUCACAUAUUAAACCCAAAACGUUCUUGAUGUCUGGAUACUUAUUUAGCCCGCAGAUUUUCUUCAGCCCAAUAAUGAGUGUUGUGGCGAUUAAGACCAUUAUUAGUAACCAUAUUCUCGUCG